UUUUGCAGCGGGGUAGCGCGGCUGGAUGCCCAGGCUCCCGCGAGGAGGACGCGCUGGGGGCUUCUUGCAUGGGGGGGUUCGGGGGGAAGAGGCCGGUGCUACAUUGUUUCCGAACCAUUCCUCCUGAGACCCACGUCCCGCUCCGCAGCCCAAGAUGAUGAAGUUUCGGUUCAGGCGGCAGGGCAACGACCCCCAGAGGGAGAAGAUCAAACAGGAUCUCUUCGCGUUUAACAAGACUGUGGAACAUGGAUUCCCCAACCAGCCCAGCUCUCUGGCUUAUGACCCCAAGCUUCGCAUCAUGGCCAUUGGUACAAAGUCUGGAGCAGUCAAAAUAUAUGGGGCCCCUGGCGUGGAAUUCACGGGUUUACAUAAGGAGACGGCUACAGUCACACAGAUGCACUUUUUGCCUGGCCAGGGCCAACUCCUCACCUUGCUAGACGACAACACCCUCCACCUUUGGGGAAUCUUUCAGAAGGAUGGCUACUCCCACUUGGAGGAGACCCACAGUUUCCUCCUGCCGGGCCGCCCAGGGUUUGACAGUGCUAACUCCCCUCCCAGCAUCACCCGGGUGACGGUGAUCUUGCUGAAGUCAGCCUGCACCAUGGCCUGCUUGGGCACGGAAGGAGGUGGCAUCUACUUCCUGAAUCCCACCAGCCUUGCCUUGCUAGAAGACCAGACCCUCUACCAGGAUGAGGUCCUGCAGAGUGUGCCUGAUGAUUACAGGUGUGGGAAGGCCCUUGGGCCAGUGGAAUCCCUACAGGAACAUCCUCAGGACCCCUCCAAGAUUCUCAUUGGCUAUAGCCGGGGCCUGGUUGUCAUCUGGGACCAGAGCACAAGGCACAUUGACCACCUUUUCUUGGGAAAUCAGCAGCUGGAGAGCCUUGCGUGGGAGCGCAGUGGCAGCAUCCUUGUGAGCUCCCACAGUGAUGGCAGCUACAUGAUCUGGUCAGUGAGUGAUGACAGCGCCCGGACCCUCCAGCCCACCACCUCCACCGUCCCCUAUGGCCCUUUUCCCUGCAAAGCCAUCAACAAAAUCCUUUGGCGCACCUGUGAGUCUGGGAGCCACUUUAUCAUCUUCAGUGGGGGGAUGCCUCGGGCCAGCUAUGGGGACAGACACUGUGUGACGGUGCUGCAGGGACAGACGCUGGUCACUUUAGACUUCACCUCCAGGGUGAUCGACUUCUUUACCGUGUACAACACAGAACCCAAGGAUGAGUAUGACAACCCCAGUGCCCUGGUGGUGCUGGUCGAAGAGGAGCUGGUGGUGAUUGACCUGCAGACUCCUGGAUGGCCCACAGUGCCAGCCCCGUACCUGGCCCCACUCCACUCCUCAGCCAUCACCUGCUCCUACCAUAUUUCCAACGUCCCCCUCAAGCUCUGGGAGAGGAUCCUAAGUGCUGGCAAGCGGCAGAGCCCCCAGCUCGCUUCUAUGAACUGGCCCAUCAAUGGAGGAAAGAACUUAGCUCAAGAGCCUACCCAGAGAGGACUCCUCCUGACAGGUCACGAGGAUGGGACAGUCCGGUUCUGGGAUGCCUCAGGAGUGUCAUUGAGGCCGCUCUACAAACUGGGAACAGCUAAUAUCUUCCAGACGGACUGUGAACAUGCAGACAGCCUCAACCAGGCCAGUGAGGAGGAGUGGCCCCCUUUCCACAAGGUGGGGUGUUUUGACCCCUAUAGCGAUGACCCCCGGCUCGGCAUUCAGAAAAUAUCACUGUGUAAAUACACAGCCAAGAUGGUGGUGGCAGGCACCGCUGGACAGGUGCUUGUCAUGGAGCUGAGCGAUGAGAAGUCUGAGCACCAGGUCAGCGUCGCCACCAUGGACCUGUUACAGGACCGGGAGGGCUUCACCUGGAAGGGCCAUGACCAGCUGAGCCCCAAGAAUGGCUCACUGGCCUUUCCGCCAGGCUUCCAGCCCACCAUGCUGGUGCAGUGCCUGCCCCCGGCUGCUGUGACAGCGGUCACCCUGCAUUCUGAGUGGAACCUUGUUGCCUUUGGGACCAGCCAUGGUUUUGGACUCUUUGACUAUCACCGCCGGAAUCCAGUGCUGGCCAGGUGCACCCUUCAUCCCAACGACUCCCUAGCCAUGGAGGGGCCCCUGUCCAGGGUCAAGUCCUUGAAGAAGUCCCUGAGACAGUCCUUCCGGCGAAUUCGUAAGAGCCGAGUUUCUGGCAAGAAGCGGACCAACCCGAACAGCCCCAACAGCAAGGUGCAGGAAGCCAAUGCCCAGCUGGCCGAGCAGGCCUGCCCUCACGAUGUGGAGAUGACACCUGUGCAGCGAAGGAUCGAGCCCCGAUCGGCAGAUGACUCGCUCUCAGGCGUGGUGCGCUGUCUCUACUUUGCCGACACUUUCCUCCGAGAUGCCACUCACCAUGGCCCGACCAUGUGGGCGGGCACCAACUCAGGGUCAGUGUUUGCUUAUGCCCUGGAAGUACCGUCCCAGGAGAAGUUCUCUGAGCGAGCAGUGGAGGCAGUCCUGGGCAAGGAGGUGCAGUUGAUGCACCGGGCCCCGGUGGUCUCCAUUGCUGUGCUGGAUGGGCGGGGAAGUCCCCUGCCUGAGCCCUAUGAAGUGUCCCGAGACCUGGCCAAGGCCCCCGACAUGCAGGGAAGCCACUCUGUGCUUAUCUCUUCCGAGGAACAAUUCAAGGUGUUUACGUUACCCAAGGUCAGUGCCAAGACCAAGUUCAAGCUCACAGCCCACGAGGGCUGCCGGGUACGGAAGGUGGCUCUGGUCACCUUCACCAGCGUGGCCUUUGAGGACUACACGGAGAACUGCCUGGCCUGCCUCACCAACCUUGGCGACAUCCACGUCUUCGCCGUGCCGUCCCUUCGGCCUCAGGUGCACUAUGACUGCAUUCGUAAGGAGGACAUCAGCGGCAUCGCUUCCUGUGUCUUCACAAAAUAUGGGCAAGGAUUCUACUUGAUCUCCCCAUCAGAGUUUGAGCGUUUUUCCCUGAGUGCCAGGAAUAUCACGGAACCCUUGUGCUCCCUAGAUUUCAUCCGACCUCAUGAUACAACCUGUGUCAGCAAUGAUUACAAAGGAUCGCCCAAGCUGAGCCAGGCCAAUGGAACCCACGUGCUGCCAGCGUCUGAGGGGAACCAUUCCUUUGUGGAUGGAGCUGGUACCCCAGAGCAUUCCCAGGCUGCCCUCUCCCCUGCAUCCAUAGACUCUCCCAACAGCACAGAUACCACGCUGGACAGCACAGCCGAUAUCACCGUGGAAGAAGUGAAGGAUUUCUUGAGCUCUUCAGAGGAAGCAGAGAAAAAUCUGAGAAAUAUAGCAGAGGACGACACCCGAUCUCCAGGAAUCCUGAUCAAAUAAGGAUAAAUGCUGUUGCCUGUGCCUCAGGCUUGGACCCCAGUGAUGAGGAUCACAGCCCAUGGCCCAGUCAGGGCCUCAACAGUCCACGCACACCUGCCCUGUGUCCAUUGGAUACUGUCCCUGUAACAUAGGCUUGUACCUUCUAACUGUGGCAGGGCAGAAGCAGCAGUGCCCUGGAUCCCCAUAACCCCCGCCCACCCUCCUGGCCCCCCAAAACAACACUAAGAAGAAUCUUCUUCCAGGGGUGGGGAGAGGUGGGGGAGGACGGCAGGAACCAAGGAAGGAGAGAGCUCUGCGUGUACCUCCCCCUGGCCCUCACUGGCCAUUUCCCCUCUGUUCUUCUAGGCGUCAUGUUUCUCAUGUCUAAGACUGUUUCUGCCCCAUGGACCGAAGGGAUAGAAUCCUCACUCCCUGAUCCCUGUUACUCUCAUACAACACAGCCUCCCUCGGGAGCCAAGGCUACUGUUUUCCCUGCUUAGGCUACCUCAGCUGGCCCAGAAAGCCUGUCUGUGGCAGAGGGGUAGGGGUGAGCCCCACGCACUCCCACCUUCCCGUGUGCCACCCCCCUCCUCCAUGUCCUACUUAAGUCCUUGGAGGAGAGUGGGAUAUAGUAGGACCAGUGUACAAUGGCAUCUUCCUACAGAGAAGCCCCCCACCCCAUGUGGUGGGCCUGGUCCCCCACCUCCCCUGCUGCCUCCAUCCUAGAUUCUCUCCCUCAACUCCAGGCUUCUGUCCUCAGCCCCCUCACCCCCUUUUCAACCUGCUAGACCCAUGCCUUGCCUGAGGGGUUCUGGUGUCACAUAGGAGACGUCAUGCCUCAUACCUACCUACCUACCAGAAGUGGAUUAGAGGACCAGGCUGCUGCCUCCGUCCCCCAGUUUCAAACGAGUCAUUUUUUUUCUUCCCCCCCCCGGGGAUGGCCCGGUUGGAACUUGGCCUCUUCCAUCUUGUCCAGAAGCACAAAUCCAACCUAGUGGCACAUAAUCUUAUCUAACUUAUCCCAGCUCCCAGUCACAUCCCCUGGAAGGGAGAAGUUCGGAGAUCACGAGAGCCCUGUUUUUCCUAACUGUUAACUAAGUGGUUGAUGUCUCCUUGAGGCAGCCAGGCAGAGAACAGUGGUGUUAGGUUCCUAGCUCCUCCGAGAGGAAAGAAUCAUGCAGCCCCUCCCAGUAAUUUCUGUAUGAUUUCUAUGGUGUUUGCCCCAGGAAACUGAGCAAAGGGAAUGAUUCCUAUCAAGCCUGCAGGACUUGGGGUGGGGGGAGGUAGGGGGUCAGUUCCCUGUCUGUCACAGGCAAUGCCUUCUAAGGAGAGAGACCCAGAGGUUAGGGCCCCAUUGUCAUCCUGAAAUCCCCACCUCUUCCCAGGCCAGCCAAAAUGGGGGCAAUUGCUGGGGUAUGGUGUAGGUCACGAAUCAUAAGGCAGCCUCUCCCAGUCCAGCUUCUGUAACCACUCACAUCCUGGGCCGAGCCUCAGUCAACAAAGCCACUUUGAAAGGUUGGGGGGGAGCCUGAGGCCCAGGAGUUCAUCCCAGGGUGAGUCCCUGGUCAGGAAUGCUGGAGCCUUUGCGUACAGAAUUUCUUUCUUUCUUUCUUUCUUUUUAAACAGCCAAGGUUGCCUCACUGGGACUUUGACAAAAAAGAUUUCUAAAGUUA